CCAUCCUUGCCAAAGGACACAACUUUGCAGUCACCCCCUCCAGGAUCCCGACAGAAGAGAUCAUCAGCCAAAUAGAAACCGCCAUCUUCCAACUCCCACCUGAAGCAGGAAGCAACAUCAGACAGCAGUCAGCCCAGAUCCUACGAAAAGCCAAACUUCCCAUCCAAAACUUUAACAGGGAAGAACGACUAGCGCUUCGAAGCCUAAGACAGAAUGACGACAUCCUCAUUCUACCGGCGGACAAAGGCAACGCAACAGUGGUGAUGGACAAAAGAGACUACCACACAAACGUAGAGAAGAAAACCUCCCUGGUCAAAAAGGCGAACCUCCCUCCGCUAACCACGAAAUACCUGGCCCCCAGCGACAGCUCAGCACCCAGACUAUACGGCCUUCCGAAGAUUCACAAAGAAUCAGUCCCCCUACGGCCUAUCGUCAGCAACAUCGGGGGCCCCACCUACCAACUAGCCCGCUACCUCACCAAACCCCUCCAAAAACUUACCGGCCUCAACGACUCCCACAUCAGGAACUCAAUCGACUUCGUGAACAGAAUAACCAAGAUCAAAACCGAGCCCAACGACAUCCUAGUAAACUUCGACGUGGUUUCUCUGUUCACCAACGUCCCAGUCCAAGACACUCUGGACAUCAUCAGAACAUCCAAAGAGAUUCCAUCCACCCUGUUCCCAUUAAUAGAACACUGCCUCAACUCCACCUAUUUCCAGUUCGAAGGAGAAUUCUACGAACAAACCACGGGAGCAGCAACGGAAUCCCCGAUAUCACCCAUCAUCGCAAACAUCUUUAUGGAACACUUCGAGAAUGAAAUCCUGAAGAAGGCCCCACAAAAACCCUCCACAUG